AUGUACAGCAUCUCGACAGCAGCACCAUUGCUGGCGCUUCUCGUGAUCGUUUACAACCUCUACUUCCAUCCCUUAGCCAAGUUUCCGGGACCAAGGCUCAAUGCCGCCAGCUCCCUUCCAGGCAUCUUUGCUCUUCUCAAAGGUCGUUUGCCGCUCGAAAACAAGAAGCUUCAUGAGAAAUAUGGCAGCGUCGUUCGAGUGUCUCCCAAUGAGCUGUGCUUUAACUCGGUGCAGGCAUGGGAAGACAUUUAUGGACAUCGACCCGGUCAUACAAAUAUGCACAAGGAUCCAAUCCACGUCGGAUCUGUCGAAGCCGUGCAAGGUGUCAGCACGUUGACAAUGUCGGAUGACGAGAAUCAUGCUCGGCAAAGGAGAGCACUCGCACAUUCGUUCUCGCAAAAGGCGCUGCUCGAGCAGGAGUACAUUGUCAAACGAUACGUCGAUCAGCUGAUAGUGAACAUGAAGCGAAUGGCCGACGAUGACGAGGCAUUCAAUCUGGUCAAUUGGUUGAACUUCACGACGUUUGAUAUCAUCGGCGACUUGGCCUUCGGAGAACCAUUCGGAUGCCUGGACCUAGGCAGAUUCCAUGAGUGGGUGGCAUUGAUCUAUGAGACAGUCAAGGCAGGUGCCAUCGAGCAGGCAACAAGACGAUUCGCUGCAGCAGGGUCAUUGACCCAACGAAUUCUAUUCAACAUGAUCCCAGCUCGUGUUCGUGGUUACCGUUCGGAGCAUCUCAGGAGAAGCCGCGCCAAGUGCUUGCAACGACUGGAGAAUGGCAACAGUCAGCACAAAGACUUCAUCUGGUACAUCUUGAAGCAACGAGAGAAGCACGAUUUGAAGCAGGACGAGAUCAUUGUCAACAGCGCGUUAUUUAUUGUCGCUGGCUCCGAGACUACCGCUAACCUCCUCUCUGGCCUCUUUGCAAGACUGAUCUGGAACCCUGACAAGUAUCAGAAGUUGGUCGAUGAGAUCCGAUCAAGCUUUAAAUCUGAAGAUGAGAUCGUGUAUGAAAAGCUCAGUAAGCUGGCAUACCUCAACGCUUGCAUCGAAGAAGGCCUCCGGAUACACCCACCUGUACCGACUGGUCUGCUUCGAACAGUUCCGAAAGAAGGCGAUACGAUCGAUGGUCAAUGGAUACCUGGGGGCACAUCAGUUGCUGUUAGCUCGUGGGCUGCAAGCCACAAUCCAGUCAACUUUCGAGACUGUGACUCUUUCAUCCCAGAACGAUGGCUGGACAAGGCGUACGAUACCGAUUACAAGAAAGCUGCUCAGCCUUUCUCGCUUGGUCCCAGAGGUUGCAUUGGUAGGCAUCUGAGUUACAUGGAGAUGAGACUCAUACUCGGUCGUUUGCUCUGGAACUUUGAUGUUGUCAGCACUGAUGGGGCUUGGCAAUGGAAUCCCGAGGGCGAAAUGAAGAACAUGAGAGCUUUCAUGACGUGGGAGAAAGUAAGCAUCAUCCAAUACUAUAUGCAGAAUUCGGUACUGACAAGACGUAGCCUGACCUGA